AUGCUGAUAACUGAGGAUGAUGUGCUGAUAACUGAGACUAAUAUGCUGAUAACUGAGGAUGAUGUGCUGACAACUGAGACUAAUAUGCUGAUAACUGAGGAUGAUGUGCUGAUAACUGAGACUAAUAUGCUGAUAACUGAGGAUGAUGUGCUGAUAACUGAGGAUGAUGUGCUGACAACUGAGACUAAUAUGCUGAUAACUGAGGAUGAUGUGAUGACAACUGAGACUAAUAUGCUGAUAACUGAGGAUGAUGUGCUGAUAACUGAGACUAAUAUGCUGAUAACUGAGGAUGAUGUGCUGACAACUGAGACUAAUAUGCUGAUAACUGAGGAUGAUGUGCUGAUAACUGAGACUAAUAUGCUGAUAACUGAGGAUGAUGUGCUGAUAACUGAGGAUGAUGUGCUGAUAACUGAGACUAAUAUGCUGAUAACUGAGGAUGAUGUGCUGACAACUGAGACUAAUGUGCGGACAAUUGAGUUUAAUGUGCUGACACCUGAGGAUAUUUGCUGA